UUCCGAACACCAUCAUUAACGUUACCGGAUCCGCGAGAGGCCGCUGUUUGCAACCCAGCACCCUCACUCUUACCUAUAGAGGGAAGAAAGGACUUUUCUUCACGGAGACGCGGAUAACUUCUACAGGCCUAAACGCACUGGAAGCGUCUGACGCGCGCGUUUUGAAUUAAAUCAAUUGUUUUCAAUGGCCGAACACGCGCUAGAAGCGUUAUGACGCGCGUCAAACCGCCCUGACGCGCCUACUUCGACCUUGUUUUGAUUUAAAAGGUCAGCUACGUUUCCUCUCCGUGAUUUUAACAUCUGCUGUUGCCAUGAGAAACCCCCGACGGUUAUAAACAAAGGUAACCAGUUAACAGGAAAACCAGUUGAUUUAUAACACUGGUUCGCUUUGGAGAGCGACACAAGUAAGAGUAUUCAGACACGGUGGUUCACAGACGCUUCGCCAGCAUGAACACGCUUUUACUCAUCGGCCAAAUCAUCGGCAUCGCCCCUAUCUCUGCUGUCCUGCUGUUUGUUAUUGCCAAGUUGGUUUCCCGCCAUCGCCGCAGCCCUGUGGAGGACGGGUCCGGCUACGCUGUGCUGAUAACAGGCUGUGACAGCGGCUUUGGACACCAGCUGGCUCGGUGUUUGGACCAACAGGGGUUUGUGGUCUUUGCUGGGUGUUUGUCUCCAGAAGGAGCCGGGGCCCAGAGCCUGGUGAGGCAGAGCUCCAGUAAUCUGAAAAUCCUCAAGCUGGACGUCACCAGUGAUGAAGAUGUGCAGCAGGCGAAGAGGAUGGUCCAAGACAACCUGCCAGAGAAAGGCUUGUGGGCAGUGGUCAACAACGCUGGCAUCUCAGACUGGGCAGAGAUUGAAUGGAGCACCUUUGAAGACUUCCGCAACAUGGUCGACGUCAACCUGUUUGGCUGCAUCAGGACCUCCGUUGCGUUUCUACCUCUGGUUCGUGCUGCUAAAGGACGGAUGGUUUAUGUGUCGAGCAUCUUCGCCUUCUUCAACUGCCUGAACAUGGGAGCGUACAGUGUGUCGAAGAGAGGGCUGGAGGCGUUUGCCGAUUGCUUGAGGGUUGAAAUGGCCAGUUUUGGUGUGAAGGUCAGCAUCAUCCAGCCGGGUAAUUUCGGCCGAGCCACCAAUAUCCUGAGGAUGAAAACCGCCUCAGAUAUCUGGGAGAAGUUAGAUGACGAGCGCAAGCAAACGUUCAACCGGCAGUACAUCGAGCUGGCCAGCGAGUACUUCGUGUCGUCGUGCAAGGCGGGAUUCAAGGAGGCCGACGUGGUCAUCGAUGCCAUGAUGCACGCGGUCACAUCCGCUCAGCCUAAAUCCAGAUACCUGCUGGUCUCUGCGAUGGAUCGGUUUUUCUUCCAGCUCUUCCCCUUCCUCCCCACCGGUCUCGCUGAUGCUGUGUUCUCUCUCAGCCCCAUGUACGCUAAAAGAAAAGAAAUGCUUUAUUCGAAAUAACUUUUUUUGUUGUGGCCUAAGAAACAUUUGGAUAUUUCCUCCUGUUUUAUUCCCUAGUAAGUGUAUAAAAACUGUUUCUUGUGAUUUUAUUAUUUCAUUAUGUGUCUUGUUUGUUCUGCACUGGAAUUAAUUUUUGAUUUUCAUCAUGUAUCAUUCUGGUGUGUUUAGUUCUUAUCAUUUAUUUAUUAUCUGUUGUUGUUUUUGGAAUAACGACAAUGAAAAUGUGCAAACAUUAGAGGAGCUGCAUCACUUUAGGUCUUGGGACCAACACUAAUGUCUUUUAGUCAAAUAUUAAAUCCCUAAACGGGACUUUUUCAGAUAUCUGCAGAUUGCACAGUGAAAUGCAGUUGUAGCCUGCUCCAUGUAUUGUAUGUCAUUCAUAUGACACACUUGUUACCUCAUUAAGUCCCAGUAUAUCCUGCAAUGUACAUCCGCCUUCUUGUUGCAGAAAAGCCUGUUUAUUGACCAUAUAGUCUCUAGUAAAGUCUUAUUUUAAUUGCA